ACUUAUUAGCAAGAAAGCAAGCAAGAAAUACCUCGUUCUUAAUUACUUCUUCUCAUUUCUUAAUUUCUUCCAUGGAGAAGCGAGGAGAGAGGGAGCUCCAGCUCCAGCUCCUGCUCCCCGUGCCCGCGGCCCGAGUCCUCCGCGACGUGCCGGCCGCGCUCGCAAGCGCCGCGGACCACCCGCAGCUGGACCUCGACCUGUCCAUGAGCAUCGGGCCGAGGCACCUGCCGACACCACGGCAGGCGCCGCCGGUGCCGGUUCCGUCGCCGUCGCCACCCGCAAACGAGAACAGGAGGGCGGCGGCGGCCGGCGCGAGGCAGCAGCAUCAGCAGGCGGUGGCCGACGUGCGUGCGGUGAAGCAGCACGCGGCGGAGCAGGCCCGGAUGGCGUCGGCCGAGCGCGCCUACGCGGAGCGCGUCCGGGAGCUGGCACGGCGUGAGCUGGAGCUCGCCGAGAGAGAGUUCGCGCGCGCCAGGGCGAUCUGGGAGCGCGCCCGCGAGGAGGUGGAGCGGGUGGAGCGCAUGAAGCAGAUCGCGGCUCGUCAGCUCGUCGGCUCGGCGUCGUCUGCUGCGGCGCUGGAGAUCACCUGCCAUGCCUGCAUGCAGCACUUCCACCCGUAGCACCGUACCGCAGGGGAGAUGGAUCGAUGCGAUGCGCAUAGCGUGGUGGCCCAUGGCCAUCACCAUUCCUGUAACUUUUUCUUCAUAGUUUUCAGCUCCGGUGAAUGCCAUGACAUGUUCAGCUUGAGAUGAUCAUCGUCUUGUUCAUGGUUGAUGCAUGCAUAAGGAAAUGCUUCUCUUAACCACUCUUUCUGUUGUAUUACAUCCUUAAUUUACAGCCUCCAUUUAAGAAAGGAAAACAU